UCAAAACAUGUUCGUUAAUAUUACAUUCUCAGGGCGUAUCUGGUACAGGCAAAUCUACUCUCGGCGCUGCGCUAUCAAAGGCACUCCGCAUCCCAUUCAUCGACGGCGACGACCUCCAUCGUAGCCAAAAUGUCACGUGGAGAGCCACUCACAGACACAGAUCGCCAGCCCUGGCUGGAGAUUAUUCGCAAGACGGCCGUCAGUAGCGUCGAUCAGGGGCCGGGUCCUACGAGGGAUGAAGACCAGAAGCCAGGGAUUAUCAUAGCGCGCUCAGCGCUGAAGGGGAGCUACAGGUCGGCGCUAGGGGGUGAAGCUCUGUCGGAAGCAGAGGGGUCGAAGCACUUCGGAAAGCUUCCGACGCGGUUUGUUUAUAUGAAAGUUCUCAUGGACCGGAUGAUGAAAUGCCAGGGGCAUUUCAUGAAGGCUGCGAUGUUGUACAGUCAGUUGAAGACGCUGGAAAGCCCUGAGAAUGAGGAGCGGGUGGUGACAGUGUCGAUAGAGUGGUCGACUGAGGACCAAGUGCGGGAGGUGGUGAGGGCUCUCAGCGAUGGAAGAGAGCACAUGACAGCGAAGCACUGAUAAGUGUUUCUUUAAACGGGAACUUGAAAUAAAAAUUCAGUUCUUGCAGGUUUUUUCCUUGAAAAGAUGGAAUGACUUGUCAAGCUUCCUUCUGAAGAGGUCUGACUACUAUGGGUAGCAGGAGACUAGCUAGGUUUUUGUUUUUUCUUCGUCAAGGACCUCAACAUAAAGGCAAACAUUAAUAUUAUGUGUGGCACAACUAGCCAUCUGUCGACAUGUCAGCCCCUAUCAUGUGUGGCGCUGUGUGCUGAGCACUAAUCAGCAUAUGUGGGUCUUCAGCGCUGUCAGCUACGAGAGCUACGCGAUGGUGCAAUGUCCCGACCUUGUUGCAAACUCCUCAUUGUAAUUUAGAUUCUUAGACAUCCAUGGCUAUGUGCAUGUGUCGAUAACCCAAAUUUCUCGCAGUAUACAUAGCCGUAUCUAGCAGGAGUAGAAUUAUAUCC